UCAGCAGUCUACAUUGUUAUUGGAGAGAAGCGCAUGCUGCUUUGUUGAGGACCAAAAAGAUCCAACAAUGACAGAAAACUGCUUAAGUUCCUGUGCUAAUGGAUAGAUGUUGGCUGGACUACUCGUGCUCGUUCCUUCUCCUUGAGAAAAUGGCGUCCUCUUCCGAGUCCUCUCCUGCUCCCAGUGUCCUCUUUCCUAGAGCUCUAAUUUACUUCCACAACCUCAUCAAGAAGCCACCAGGCCACCACGAGGAAGGUCUUGCAGUGCUGAAGCCAGAAGAGAUUAAAUGUGAGGAUGAGGUGUCUGAAAUCUCCAGUACUGAAACAUCAUCUGCUACAGGCUGCACCAACCCAUCACCCAGAAGAACACACAAAAAUACAGGCAAAGGAAAAAUUCACCAGUGCUCAGAGUGUGGAAGGAGUUUCAGUGCCCAGUGUCAUCUCCAAAUUCACCAGCGCAUUCACACAGGAGAGCGGCCGUAUCACUGCUCGGAGUGUGAGAAGAGCUUUACUAAACUGAGUAAUCUGAAACAGCACCAGCUCAUUCACACCGGGGAGAGACCGUUUCAGUGUUUAGACUGUGGAAAAAAGUUUACUGCACAGAGCCAUCUCCAAAGACACCAGCGCAUCCACACUGGAGAGAGACCGUAUCACUGCUCGGAGUGUGGACAGAGCUUUAAUGUACAGAGCCAUCUCCAAAGACACCUGCGCAUCCACACAGGAGAGAAACCGUUUCAGUGCUCAGAGUGUGGACAGAGCUUUACUAGACAGAGUCAUCUCCAAAUACACCAGCGCAUCCACACGGGAGAGAAACCGUAUAUCUGCUCAGAGUGUGGGAAGAGCUUUAGAGAGAGUGGUACCCUCAAGGCGCACCAGCGCAUUCACACGGGAGAGAAACCGUAUCAGUGCUCAGAGUGUGGACAGAGCUUUACUAGACAGCGUCAUCUCCAAAUACACCAGCGCAUCCACACGGGAGAGAAACCGUAUAUCUGCUCAGAGUGUGGGAACAGCUUUAGAGAGAGUGGUACCCUCAGGGCGCACCAGCGCAUUCACACGGGAGUGAAACCGUAUCAGUGCUUGGAGUGUGACAUGAGUUUCAAUAGGUUGAAACUCCUUCAAAGACACCUGCGCAUUCAUGCAGGAGCAAAUCCUCACCAGUGCUCAGAGUGUGAAAAGAGUUUUACUACACCAAGUCAUCUCCAAAUGCACCAGCGCAUUCACACAGCAGAGAAACCGUAUCAGUGCUUAUGGUGUGAGAAGAGUUUUACCAAACCAAACAAUCUACAACAACACCAGCGCAUUCACACUGGAGAGAAGCCAUUUCAGUGCUUAGACUGUGGACAGAAUUUUAGUAGACAGAGUCACCUAAAAAGACACCAACACAUUCACACAGGACAGAAACCUUCUCACUGCUCAGAGUGUGGACAGAGUUUUACUUGUCACAGUGAUCUCCGAAGACACCAGCGCAUUCAUGCAAGGAAGAGACCAUAUCCCUGCUCAGAAUGUGGACACAGUUUUACCAGACAGAAUGAUCUCUACAGACACCAGCGCUUUCACACAGAAAAAAAACAUAUCACUGCUUAGUGUGGACGGAGUUUGAGAGAGAGUGGGGAACCCUCAAAAAAUGUAUGACUGCUUAGAGCUGGGGUCUCCAACCCUGGUCCUGGAGAGCUACCUUUCUGCAUGGUCUAGAUCCAACCUGUCUGCUUCAGACUAUCAUGAUUGGUUGCAUCAGAUAGCUGGAAAGUAGUAGUGCUUCAGGACCAGGGUUGGUGGCCGGCAUCUGAAGAGCUUUAGAAAUUAAGGUACCCUCAAAACAUGCCAACGUGUUCACACAAGAGAGAAACUGCAUCGGUGCAUGGAGUGUGAUAUGAAUUUCAAUGGCCCAAAUCAUCUUGAAAGACAUCUUUGCAUUCAUGCAGAGGAAAACCACAACACUAUGUAUUCUGUGGGAGGAACUUUGGGCAUUUAAAGAUGCUCAAUACAGCAUAACAUUUAAAUGCAAAUUUAAAUUUAAGAAAAUAAUGAAGACUUUUCCUCCUUUUUAUAUUAUACAGCACACAACAACUUAAAAUGGCCAUUAGGUAAAAAUUAUUCAGUUUGCAGUGGCAGGAAAAAAAACAAAUAUUUACAGAAAAUUACACAAAAGCCUCUACAAUGAAAUGUUUUUCAGUAUUUACUGUGUCCAUUUUUACUUUUAUUACAGCUUCUAUUCUUCGUAACCAAACAUAUUCACUGAUUUUGAGGUCUGGAGCAAGAGUGGAGCUUGACUUGUCUUCUGUCUCUCUCAUGAAUUCUUUAAGAAGUAUUAUUUGUCAGAUGACGACGGUGUCAGAGAAAGAAAUAGGAGACAAUUCAUUCAAUCAGAAACAUGCAUUUACCGGAGGUCCCGCUCCUCUGACCAGUCUGAAUCACGGGUGUGCCGGAAGGCAGAUGUUCUGCCCCUGGACCUGGAUAUCGCACCUCCCUACCACUCAAGUGCUUUUUUUUCUUUCUUUUUUUGGAAACCCCACUCUUUCUUUCCAGCUGUUUUUAACCACUCAUUUUGAACAGAAAACUUACUCAACCACAUCCUCAACUGUUUUUUUUAAAAAAUAUUUUUAAUCAAAUUUUUUACCUCUGUAAAACCCUGCACCGUGAACACUUUGUUCAGUCCUUUUGAGUCACUAAUACGCCAGCCUUGAAAUAUAAUUUCUUGCCAAAUUAAAAGGAUGCUGACCAGCCAGGUUGUUGGAAUUGGCCCUAUAUUGUGAUUAAACCUUGCCCAUUGAUCCAUGA